GCCAUUGCAGGGUAUUGAGAAAAUAUGGCCAUUGCAAGCUUUAGUUUACCUUUUACAUAUCUUCAAAAACCAUCUUCUUGUUCUUGCAGAUGCAGCAGCUCGUUUGAGAAGCCAAUUUUUGCCUUUUCUUCUAAUGCUAUAGCCAACAAAGCACUGCAGGAAAUUCGAAAUUCUGGAGUUAUCGCUUGCCUUCGAGCCCAAAAUGCAGACCUGGCUAAUCGAGCUGCACGUGCAGCAUUGGAUGGUGGAAUUUCAGCUCUGGAAAUUGUGAUGUCCACUCCCGAUGUUUUUGAGGUGUUAAGAAACCUAGUACUUGAUUAUCCGGCAAAAACUUUUGGAGUUGGAACAGUGUUACAGGCUAAAGAUGCCAAAGAUUCUAUAAAGGCUGGAGCUAAGUUUCUUAUGAGUCCUGCAACAGUUAUGGAUAUUCUAGUUGGUGUCUCAGAGAGUGAUGUUCUGUAUAUACCUGGGGUAAUGACCCCCACGGAGAUAUUAUCUGCUUUCAGUGCUGGUGCCAAGAUUGUCAAGGUUUAUCCCGUCUCUGCACUCGGUGGUGUUGGGUACAUUUCAGCUCUGAAAAGGCCUUUUUCUCAUAUCCCUAUGGUGGCAUCACAAGGCAUAACAAUAGAUUUGAUCGAGCAAUACAUUAGUCAGGGAGCAUCAGCAGUUGUUCUAUCAGAUGCCAUAUUUGACAAAGAGGCAAUGAGUCAACGGAAUUUUGAUAGAAUAUAUCAACUUGCAAGCCAUGCAACUUUGCAGGGUAAACAAGUUGUUGAAAGGUUAGAAUGUUAGGUGCUGAUGCAUCUUUCGAUUUAUUAAAACCUCAUGGAACUGCAGGGGUUAAUGAGAAACGAGAAAUCAGAUUAAGCCAUUUGUCAUCCUGCUUGAAGUUUGGAAAAAUUAACUGUGCUGGUUUCAGUAGGGAGAGUUUUACACCCUUAGUAAGUCUCAGAGUGAAUCUAGAUUAGUCGGAGCAGUGGACUUUGGAUAUUAGAUGGUUAAACCGAAAACAAAAGCUGUGUUGGUUAGUUCGUCUGUCUCCGAUUUACAGUCAGUUGCAACAUGUUGUGUAUAUGUCGCAAAGGGUGCUGACAUGCCAGAUUACAAGCAAUUGCAGAUUGCUAAAUCAGUUGUUUUUUCAUAAAUUUAUUGUUGUUUUUGUUUCACCAUCAUAUAAUGUUGCCGCAUUCAUGUUGAAUUCUCGAAAAAUAAUACAUAUUUUUAAAGAAUCUGACAAGUACCCGUCAAAUUUUUUAAAGAGUACGAACA